AUGAUAUCGUCACCUUCUUGCGCAUUUCCGCGCGACAACAAUCAACCACGCUGCCUGUCACUCGACGACUACAUUGAUCUGAGGAAUGCUCAAGACGCACACCUGAAUGCUGAGUUUACCCUCGUCCGCGAAUCUAUUUCUCGCCUAGAAACGAAAACCGACCGCCUCGAAGAGAAGACCGACCGCCUUGAAGCUGAGAUGCGCCAGUUGCACGCCUACACUCGAAAUAAUGCUUUAAGGAAUCCCACUUUGCCUAUCCGGCCCGUCGUCGUGUACAACCCUGAGCAGGGCAUUAUCGAACCAAAACCCACCCACUUCCCUCGGAACGCGAACGAAUUCUACUCUCUGAGAGACCCGCCAUCGGAUCGUCACCGCUCCAUGUUGGCCUACCUCGCCGUCUUCUACGACGUUCAGUUGAGGACUGCCGAAGAUUCAGGGGGGGAAAGCAGCGAAGACGAAGUUUUCCUGGACCGGCCUGAUCUAAUAGUGGAGAAGCUAGAAGGCAUACUCGGAUUGAACGAGGACAAGUUCAUCAAGUUCAGACAGAGAGCCCGGGAAAUAGCAGCACGACCGCCAUCCAAACCUAUCAAA